AUGUCCUUGAUAUCCACAAAGAAAAUACCUGUAGAUGAAAUAACUGUAAAUAAAAACAUAAAAGAUAUAGAAAGUAUAGCAAAUGUAUAUGUCCCAAAUAAAAAGCUUAAACGAUCCAUUACUUCUGAAGCCGAAUUGAUAGAACGAUCGAUAUCAACCAAAGUUUCCACGUCAGAUACGAAAUCAUCAUCCGUAAAAAAGCCAAAAAUUAAAAAGGAAAAAGAAAAGAAAACCAAAUUAUCUAAACGAAACAAAGGCCCCAUUGACUUGGAUAAACAAUGCGGGGUAGUUGAACAACUUACCGGUAUGCAGUGUUCACGUUCAUUGACUUGCAAAAGUCAUUCUAUGGCCUUGAAACGGGCAGUUCAGGGUCGUUCACAACCAUUUAACACAUUGCUCUCUCAGUAUCCAAAGAAAUCAAUUGGCCGCCCACAAAAUAACGGUUUACCAGACAUUAAACAAGAAAAUAGCAAGAAAGACGGAGGUACUGUAGAAGUCGAUGAAAAAGAUGAAGUAAUUGUUGAUUCUGACGAAGAAGUCGAUGCAGUUAUGGAAGCAAUAAUGUGUAGCAAACCACAACCGCUUGUUACUCGGCCGGAAUCUUACGUUCCGCCUACAAUAGCCGAAUAUAUUCAAAAUCGCAUGACAGAUCUUGCAGUUAACGUCCUAUAUUCCCAACAUCUUAAAAUUGUUAGAUGGUUGCAAGAAAUCGUGCAUUGGGAUUCCUUUACUAAAAGUUAA